AUGCACAUGCUCGCGGAAUGUGAGAGAAUCCUCGGCGAUGGACUUUUACGAUUGCCUUCGCAGCACAACUACCGCUAUGGGCCGCAGGCGGAACGGGACUUGCUAGAGCUUCUCUUCCGGUCGCUUGUGGGGCAUAACGAGGGGCUCAUACAGCACCUGUUCCCGGAUGGCGCGCCCACAGGAUCAUGGAAACUGGCCGAAGCUCAAGGUGCUCGCGAAGGAGCCGAGUAUAGCGAGGCGGCGCGAGGCAAGCGAUGCGGGCACAUAUUCCGUGCGGGAGAGGCGACCUACCGCUGCGUAACCUGUGCCGCUGAUGAUACAUGUGUUCUGUGCAGCCGGUGCUUCGACUCGUCGGAUCACACGGGGCAUCAGUAUCAGAUUUCGCUGUCGUCCGGUAACUGUGGUUGCUGCGACUGCGGGGAUGAUGAGGCAUGGCGACUCCCGCUUUUCUGCGCGAUACACACCGAUAGCGGCAAUGUGAAGGGCAAAGAACGGGCGGAGCGCGAGCUCCCAGCGGAGUUGGUAGCUACGAUUCGAUUGACCAUCUCCCGUGUUCUGGACUACUUCUGUGAUGUCAUUUCCUGCUCGCCGGAGAACUUGCGGCUGGCCAAAACUAUUGAAGGCAUUAAACAAGACGAGGAAGCGUCUCGAUUGCGCCCAGAUUGGUAUGGUGCGGGUGACCAGGAGGAAGAAGAGCCCGAGUUCGCUCUUAUGCUGUGGAAUGACGAAAAGCAUACCAUUCGCGAUGUGGCUCAUCAAGUCACACGUGCCUGUCGCGAGCGAGACAGCUUCGGUGUUGCACGAGCGCAUGAAACCAACGACAUUGGUCGAAGUGUGAUCAAAUAUUCAAAGGAUCUGCAACGGCUGCUGGCAGUGUCUAAAAUCAUCGAGGAGAUCAAGGUUACAGUCUCGGUGCGGUCUGCUCGCGACACAUUCCGUGAGCAAAUGUGCGGCGCGAUAGUCGAAUGGCUGGCAGACAUUGCUGGUUGCAGUAUUCUGGAGGACAACGAAAUCUUCCGCCAGAUCAUUUGUGAAGAGCUGCUCAGCCCAUGGCAGAAGGGAAGCGGCGCUUAUAACGCGGAUAUCGGUAUGAGAGGCAUUGAUGACCACCAAGAGACGGAGAACCAACUUUCCGGUCGCACUAUCAUGCUCACUCUGCCUCCGCACGGUCAGAUAGUCCUCGCGACCGCUGACGAGGACGAGGACGAAGACGUGGACGACGGCAAUGAGCAGGAUGAUGAUGAAGACUACGUCGAAGCGCACGAUGAUGCGGAUGACGAAGAUGAUGAUAUGGAACUGGAACUCGCCCGGCUUCAAGCUGAAGCUGACGGAGACGACGACGAAGUAAUGGACUUGGGCAACGACGAAGAACUUGCACUAGCUGAGCGCAUUUUGGCCGGACUAACUCGCGCACAUCCCAUAGCUCCUCGGCCAGCGCCACAAAAUACGGAGGAACAGCCUGCUCACCAUGAUCAGUCCGAUAUGGCGUCGUCUCGUGAGGCUGACAGCCAGCCAUCCGCAUCCAACAGUUAUGUCUCUAUCCCGAAGACCCCGUCGGGUGUGAUCCGACCGCCACCGGCCAGAACCGAGGGCCAUUGGCAAGUGCGGCCUCCCAUACCCGCCGCUGGUGAAACGGUCGCGCCUUAUGAAGACUUGUGGCAGCGUACCCGCCUAGACUGGCUGGUACUCUUUGACUUGAGGCUUUGGAAGAAGACUCGCACGGAUCUGCGGGAUCUUUAUAUCAGCACUGUGGUCAAUGUACCUCAAUUCAAGCGUAUUAUGGGUCUGCGGCUCUCCGCGUUGUAUACCGCUCUGGCUCAACUAUAUCUGAUUGCCGACCGAGAACCAGACCACUCAAUUGUCAACCUCUCACUCCAACUUCUGACAACGCCUUCCAUUACUGAAGAGAUCGUUCUUCGGGGAAAUUUCCUCACCAAGGUGAUGGCUAUCCUCUAUACAUUCUUGACGACAAGGCAGGUCGGCGAACCUCAAGCUGUCAACCCGAAUGCCACACUAGCGUUUGAUGCCGGUUCGGUGACAAACCGGCGUCUUUACCAUUUCUUCCUUGAUCUGCGAUACCUCCUCCAGUCCGAAUAUGUACAACAUCGCGUACGGACUGAAGAACAGUAUUUGCCCCAAUUCCUAGACCUCGUGAAGCUUUCGCAGGGUAUUUGUCCCAACGUGCGCGCGGUUGGUGAGCACGUUGAAUACGAGACAGAUGCUUGGAUCAGUGCAUCGAUCCUUAUGCGAGAAAUCAACCGUCUUUGUCGACAAUUCUGCGAAUCCUUCCGGAAUCCGGAGAUUGACAAUGGCCAGAACCUGUUGCGGGCAAUCAAGACCACCACCAUCACCGCAAUCAUUCAUUCAGCAGGCGUGGAGCGAAAGCGUUUCGAUCAGGCAGAGAUCAGGGAGGAAGUUAAAUUCAAGACGCUUCCUCCAUUUGAUUUCGAAGUUGGUUCCUCUGGGCAGAUUCCAUGCCACCGUGUGGUUGAGUUUGUUGUUGAGAAGGGAUCAAUCAGUUUUCACCAUGCACUUCACUAUACCUUGUCAUGGCUGAUCGAAUGCGGUCGUGGAGUGAGCAGCGAAGUCAUGCGGACUGUCCUCUUCGAAGCCGCUGAGAGUGCUCGUGAAGAGCUUCACGCUACUAAGGUCGCCAACAAUAAGCAGAUUGACGACAACCUUCUCGCUCUUGGUCCAGAAGAUCUGCUAUUGACCAUGUUUGAUUACCCUCUGAGAGUCUGUGCCUGGCUUGCUCAGAUGAAGGCUGGCAUGUGGGUUCGCAAUGGUCUAAGCCUUCGCCACCAGAUGUCACAGUACCGCGGUGUGUCCUCCCGGGACUUUGCCUACUACCGUGACAUAUUCCUUUUGCAGACAGCCUUGGUGACCUGUGAUCCCAGCAGAGUCCUUGCAUCUAUUGCUCAUCGAUUCGGCAUGGUUGAUUGGAUGUCUCGAAACUACAUGCCUCGUACUGGCUACGAGGAUUCUCAGAUUGUCGAUGUUGCCGAGGAAUUCGUCCACCUUCUGGUCAUUUUGCUGACGGAUCGCACCUCCUUGACCGCUAUCGAUGACAGCACCCACCUUACCAAGGAAAACAUAAGCCGUGAUAUUGCCCAUGUCCUGUGUUUCAAGCCGCUAUCUUUCUCCGACCUGUCCACCCGUCUGAGUGACAAGCUGCUUGACUCGGAUAUGUUCCAAGAUGUGCUUGAAGAAGUCGCAAACUUCCGUCCACCGGAGGGCCUAAGCGACUCCGGAACAUUUGAGCUGAAGUCUGAGUAUCUUGACCUUGUGGAUCCGUAUAGCGCACACUACACCAAGAACCAACGAGAUGAGGCAGAAAACAUCUACAAGGAAUGGAUGGCCAAGAAGACGGGCAAGAAGGCAUCUGACAUUGUCUUUGAACCGAAGCUUCGAUCCAUUAGCUCUGGUGUUUUCUCUGAUCUGCCACGUUUCACGGGAACUAUGCUUUUCUCGCAACUUGUCCACCAAUGCCUGGAGUACGUCAUCUCGUUCAAGGAAUGCACUCCUGCCAUCCCGCCAACGCGUGUGGAGACUUUCCUUCAAGUCAUUCUGCACCUCGUCCUCGCUGCAGUGCUGGAAGACAACUCUGAAGAUGGCAACAUGGAGAUGGAGCAAAGCCAGUCAUUCAACUUGCAUGCCUUGUCAAAGGCUAGAGAGAUCAAAGCGGGCAACUUGACCAUUGUUGGUCUCCUGGAAAGGAUCUCCAUAACUAACGAGUUUUCUUCAUGCGGUCCUAAGAUACGUCACAUACUCAAGCGGCUGUGGCAGAAGCGCCCCCAGACCUACACUUCGGCAACUGCUUCCCUCAGGUUCCCGUUCGAUCGUAUUGAUACAAAUUCACCCGCAAUCGACCUGGACAAUGAGAAGGAGAUUAAGAAGAAGCAAGCAUUAGAGAGACAAGCACGGGUGAUGGCUCAGUUCCAGCAGCAACAACAAAACUUCCUGAACAGCCAGGGAGAUAUUGACUGGGGCGAGGAGGACUUCAGCGAUCUCGACUCGGAGACUGAAGCUGCCCCUGAGACCAAGCUCUGGAAGUAUCCUAGCGGAACAUGCAUUCUGUGCCAGGAAGAGACCAGCGAUUCGAGGCUCUACGGUACAUUUGCUUUAAUUCAAGAUAGCACCAUCCUGCGACAAACCGACAUCAGAGACCCUGACAGGAUCCGCGAGGCACUCAGAACACCCACGAGUUUGGAUAGGUCUUCUGCGGAUAUUCGUCCCUUUGGAGUCGCUGGAGAAAACCGAACAACCAUUCGCCGACUUGACUCCUCUGGGGGUGAGGUCAUCAGCGAAAAGGUUGGGCUUAGCAAGGGCUUCAACCCGAAGAGCACCCUGCGUGGACCUGUGACGACUGGCUGCGGUCACAUCAUGCAUUACUCGUGCUUUGAUGUCUACUACACAGCAACGCAAAGACGGCAUAGUCAACAGAUUGCUCGGCACCAUCCUGAGAAUAUGACGCUCAAGGAAUUUGUGUGUCCACUGUGCAAAGCCCUGGGCAAUGCAUUCUUGCCAAUCACCUGGAAGGGCAAGGAGGAGUCGUACCCUGGUGCACUGCACACUGCCACGUCGUUUGAUGAGUGGAUGGCUACUGGACUCAAAAACGCUCUGAAUCAGUCGCAGAACUUCCCCGUUCUCAUGAUUGAGAAGGAGAAGGCGUACCAGCAGCCAUAUUCUGACAUGUUUGUCGAUUACCUCUCUAAGACGCUGGUGCCACCACUCUCCUCCAAGGUCGGGCAGCUUAUGACCUCCUUGCCGUCGUCAACUGGAGCCUCUCACUUUAUGUCAUCUGCACCACGGAUGGCCAUGCCAGGCCUUUUCCCUACCGGCGAAGAGAUGUCACCAUCAAGUCCGCUGCAGCAGGUGUCGACUCCCUCGGAUAGCCCCAUGUCAGAGCUUCUCCAGAUCUACAAGCGUCUUAAAAAGACCAUCAAGAUGAAUCACAUCAACUCUAUCUUCAACAAUAGCCCGGAUACGAUGGUCAAUGAUGAUUUGGUGCAUACCGACUCCCUGAUCCGAAGCUUCGGUUUCAGUAUCGCCUCUGUCGAAAUCGCUCAGCGUGGCAUUGAGUCAGAGCCGGGAUCGACUCUGCUGGACAAGAUUCCACCCCUGACCUUGACCCAUCUUCGCGUCUUGGCAGAGACAGCAUUAACUUACGCAGCUGUGGGAUGCGUACACUCAAGCAACAACCCAAAAAGCCGGCCCACGCACGAGUUCCAGGAAAUGCACCGGCAGAAGAUAUGCCAGUUACUUGUUGGGCAUCCUUGCUUGAGCGGCACACCACUAUUAAACGAUGUUAGGAACAUCGAACCGCUGCUCGCUGUGGAUACCUUUGUGUUCCUGGCAGAAAGCUCGCUUUCUCUGCUGCCUGUUCUCCACAUCGAUGUGCGCCACUUGAUCCAAAUGUGCUAUGUGGCCGAGAUUGUUAAAGUUGCUGUCACCUUCAUCCUCUGGCCUUUGGGUCUGAAGGAAGAACUUGCACAUGAAGAAGAGGACGACUUUGCUGAUUCUGAGCUUUCCAAUGAGCGAUAUAGUGUCACGAAGCACUUCUUUGACUCUAUCGUUGGGGAACUCAAGGCCAAUUCCGUUGGACGCGCAGAAGGCUCCUCGUUCCCUGCUGAGAGCGGCUACGUGAAGGAUGGAGAAGAGUCUGCUACUCCGAAAAUCAUCAUCUCCUUACGACGCCUUGUUUCCAGCUACGCUCACACGUUCCUGCGCAAGGUUGUCAUCCUCCUCCACGUGCAGCAUGGCGUUGAGUUCCCAAAUACGGGCUUCACAGAUGUCGGUGCGCCGGAACUAGAUCGACUUACUAAGGUUCUCCACCUACCUUCACUUGAUGAGAUUUUCACGUCCGUAAAUCCUGCACGGAAAACCAACAGCCCCUUCGAUGCCGUCAUCUCCGGAUGGAUCUUCCACUGGAACGCUUCACGCUCGGGUAUUCGGUUCGAAGAUCACCGAUUGUGGCCUAGCCUCCCACACCCGGCUAUCUUCGAGCUCGUCGGUCUGCCCAAGUACUUUGACAGCUUGAUUGAGGAGGCCAACCGGCGUCGCUGCCCAAAUUCAAAGAAGGAGCUGAGCGACCCGAGUAUCUGUCUCUUCUGCGGGGACAUCUUCUGCUCGCAGGCAGUGUGCUGCAUGCACAACAAGCUGGGCGGCUGCAACCAGCAUCUCCAAAAGUGCGGCAAGAACAUCGGCCUCUUCAUCAACAUUCGCAAAUGCACCGUGCUCUACCUACACAACCAUAACGGCUCCUGGCAUUACGCGCCUUACCUCGACCGUCACGGCGAAGUCGACCCCGGCCUGCGCCGCAACCGUCAACUGAUCCUGAACCAGAAGCGGUACGACCGACUCCUGCGCGAUGUGUGGCUGUCGCAUUCGAUUCCCGCCACCAUCAGCCGCAAGCUCGAAUCCGAAAUCAACAACGGCGGAUGGGAAACGAUUUAA